UAGAGAUAGGAUCUCUUACUAAUGAGGGUUAGUGGUGGUGUUUGGUGUUUUACGUCCAGCCAGCAGCUAAGGCUAUAUCACGGCAAGGCAUCGAGCAGAUGCCACAUGCAAUGAACACAUUGCCCGAGACGAGAACUGAAUCCAGGACAGCCAAGCUUCCCUGCAUUGGUGACAGGCGCUAACCAUUGCGCCACCAAGGCCGCCCUACUGAUGCUGUGAAAGCGGAGAAAUUGCGCAGAAACUGUAGAAGCGCGAACUGCGCUGUUUACCCCCCGCAACACGACAGACACCCAUGUUCACAUCGGAAACUUCUAACUACGCACCAUCAUCGGGAGUUCUACGCACCUACCUCCGUUGGUUGGGAUGCAGCAUGUCCCCGACUCUCACGGCGCAAUGGUGGUGUGGGUUAGACGACGUGCGUCUUGCUGUGCGGCAUGCAGCAUUGGUCACAUGCAGCGCCUGCAUUUGUCUGGGAGAUGAGUGGGCGGGUCGGUGGAGAAUUCUAGCUGUUAAAAGAAAAGGAACCUGUGAUGGCUCGUGGAGUUACGGGUAGUUUGUGUUGUUGCAUCGACCGUUUCUGACAUACAGAAAUAACAGCUGCAAGAAAGAAGUGCGUGGUCGUCGUGAAUUCCAUCGCGGGGAGGAAACUCUCUUCGUGCCAUUCGAGCCAUUUUGGGCGCGAAGAAUGGGAGCAGAGGAGUCACGAAGUGGCAGUCAUGGUUUGAUGGGGGCUAGUGCAGUGGCAUGCAACAUGAAGAGACAGGUGCAACAUGCACGUCCUUGGUCACUUCUUCAUCAGUGUUCUAUUGAUCACUGGCGGUCAGGGCAUGCAGAAUCUUGCUUGACAUCAGUCUGGAACUGCCAUAGAUGCUGUUUGACAGGUGCUGCUGGGUUUUCGGAGACAACAAUGACAUGCAGUGGUCUGAUGAACAAGGAGUGCAGUGCGACCUUCUGCAUCAGUCGGCAAGGGAUCAUCAAUGUCAACAAAUCUGGGCCAAUGUUUUCGUUUCGCCGGAAAAGUAAAUUCACAAAGAUGGCUGAACACUUUGAGUAUAAUCACAUCCCAGCCCAUCUCUCAUCCAUCCAGAAUUUCCAUGUGAAGAGUGUCUUGUGCUACCGUGGUGAUAUUGUAGUACUGCACCUUGUCCGCAGCCUGAUGACACAGUUUGGGGUAAUUGACUUGGGUAUCAACAAAUUCAUGGGCAUUUUUGGUAAGAAGUCUGUGGAGUUUGUGAAUGAAGCACUGCGAGGGGAGAUCAGCCCAGAUUGCACAAUGUGCUUGAUCAGGAUGCCCUCCCUUACUGCAGGCAGUCUGUAUCACUUUUAUCUUUUCAGCUUGCAGACGCGAGAGCUGAUGGCUGAAAUAGAACCCCCAUAUAACCAUGCUCUCUUCACAUUCGAUCCUCGCUUCUGUGGUUCUCAACUUGCAGUUACAAGUUUUGUGCGAGGAGAAGAUAACUCUCUUAGUCUGGUGAGACUUCCUACGUGGGAUGUAGUCACAACAAAUACUCGUGUUGAUGAUCUUCACUCUAGCCUUAGUCUGCAUUUAAAGGAACUUAGAUAUUCUCGUGAUGGUCAUAUGAUCUUUGUUGUCAUGGCGACCAGUGGGUGCCACUGCAAGGAGAAGAAGGCUAGACGGUUUCAGCCCAUUGAUGUCAGCAUCUACAUUCUCAGUGGAGACAAUGCUCAGACGCUGCAUUGCAUUCAGUACCACCGUUAUACUUGUGCAUUGCAUUCCUGUCCAGUCAACUACAUGCCUGUUUUGUCGGUCUGUGGCAGCCGCAUGGCCAUUUUAUUAAAUGACCUGGAGACCAGCAUCGACCAUGUUCAGGUCUACAAACUGCCGACUGCUGGAGACCUUCAGAACCGUUGCCGAAUCUGUAUCCUGCAGAGUUUUCCUCCAGAUAUCAUACCAAAACUUCCUCUACCAACUAGGCUCAUCAGCUAUCUUCAGUUCAAGCCAGAGUGCAUAUGAGCUAAAGAAACAAAGGCAGAUGGAUUGGAUCCAAAUGGUCAUAGUGCCAUGUAUUCUUGCCAAAUGUUUGAAUUGUGCAUUCUUUGCAAGUUUACAUUCUAUUGAUUUCAAACUACGAACGAAAAGUUAUGAGCAAAGUGGAUUGUUUUGAAUUUUGUCUUUUAAUGGCUCAGUGAUUGUAAAGCUGGCAGCCUUGUGUCAUAUUACCAAUUGCGUGCACAUAUAAUGUAAAUAGAAUUGGUUGGAUUUUUAAAAAUGUUUAAGUUAGAUUUUGAAUAUGGCAGUUCAAGGCCAGUCCUGGAAAUGGUCAUCAAAUUGUUGUAACCUGGAGCUUUGGGAUUUUUUAAAAAUUGGCAUGCUGAUUCUGGCAGUGAUUUGUCAGAAUGCUAGUGCAGACUGUGCUAAUAUUUAGCAGUCAUUUGUCAGAAUGCUAGUGCAUACUGUGCUAAUAUUUAAUUAAGAAAAAUGGGAGAAGAGGAUGAGUAAAGCAGCUUGUUAAUCUGCCGCAUCCAUUUUCAGAUAUUUUCAAUUUGAGAAACAUGACAAUGCCUGGCCUGUAUAUUUUGAAAAAUAUGUUUAAUAAUGAGCCAACAAAUAUACAUUGUUGGUUGGGAUGCUUUUUUUUUUUUUUAAAAAUGAAGAGGUGAUGUUGUGAAGGCAUUGGUCUUUGGAAACAGCAUUUUAUUCUUGAUGCUGAAUAAUACAAUACUUAAUCAAAGCUGAGUGUCCAGAGAAAAAGAUAUUUACUUGAAGCUUUGGAGUUUUUGAUGGACUGUUAAACUUUGGGGAUUGGUGUGUUUUUUGUGCUUAGUAAAAGAUUGCUUUUGCAUUCUUAUGCAUCUCAGGCAUGCUUGCUUUCUGGCCUGAUUAUUUUAGCUUUUGAGUGACUGUAAGAUUCUGCAUUUUUUUUUAACCAAUUCCAGAAGAGAGAGAGAGAGGUGGGAGUUUUAAUUUUCUUUUUUAAACCAGCAAUGCCAAAAAUGUACUUGAUAAUUGUUGGUAUACCCUGCCUUCAUGUACACAUUGAUGCUGCCCUCAGUGCAAUAGCAAGGAUAUGGGAGGUGUUCAGGUAGUACUAGACAUUUGAUGUGAACUAUUCAGUGCAUCACUGGUUAAAAUAAUUGUUCACAUUGUGGUGAGCACAGCUGUAAUCUUAAUGGCAUUCAAGUAGUACAGUUGUACUCAAUGCAGGUAUGUACAAAGAUAAAUAUGAUUAAUAUUGAUACCUCUUCACGAAGGAACAAAAGGACACAUGAAAUGAAAUAAGCCUCAUAAGAGAGGAUUAGAAUGAGGUGAAAUUAAGCUGUAAAAUGGCUUAACGACGCUGAAAACUAAAUUGUAUAUAACUAGUCAUGUUAAUACUUCUAUACACUCAUCCUGCUUUUAUCUAGAUAUUCAUUGAUGCUUUCAUACAGAUCACAUUUAUAUGCUGGACAAACAAAAAAUAUAGAUGGCAAAACCAAUGCCUGUCAGCCAAAGUUAUUCUUUAUGAAAGGUUUGCCCUGAAUGCAAAAGUAUUUUGCUAGGAAAUCAUCACAUACUAAUACAGAUAAUGCUACCACUAAGAUGAUGCACGACAUGUGCUGUGGUGUCUUACCCUGCAAGAUUUUGCCCAGAGGUGAUGCCUUAAAAAGUAGACUUCAAGGAAGUGAUAAUCAUGGUCUUGUUAAAUCUUUAGCUAGCUUUAUAUAGCUAGAUGAUGCAGUGCCAGGUCAGUCAUUAUUCUUUUCCCAACAAUUUUUGUUGGCAUGGCUUAUGCACCAUCAGAUUUUGUAGGUAGAGAAACUGUAGAUGUAAGGAGAAUAACUACAUAACAGAUAAAUAAAACUACAGUGCAAAGUAAUAAGCAUGGAUGUGAACUGCUGCCUGAAUAAGGAAACAACCAAAUGUGGACAGAGCUGUACUAUUCUUCUUGUGCUUAUUGUCAGGAAAUUUCUGAAAUAAUAGAAGCUAAAUUGUAUCGGCAAAAUCGAAACAUUUUUCCAUGUUCAUUGAUUGUAAAUGGUUAAGAAACUUUUGUGUCAGUAAGGAAAGAAUUUCACAAAAAAUUUUAAUGUAUGUACACUGAUUCUACUGAGUCAUGAAACAUCAUGCUCAUCCUGCCAAUACUUUAUUUAAACUCCUAUAAAUUAUAUUCAAAACUGAAAGCAUUUUUUUAUGACACAGAUGUUACAUUAAUUGCACUGAACUGCUUUCAGUCGUGUAUGAUAUUGCCAAAAUACUAUAAGCAUUUAGGGAGACUAAGUAACAGUUUAAAUAUGAACAUCAGCAUUUUAAUAUUCUUGUGCAUAGACAUGCCCUAGUCAGGAGGCCUGUGGGUGUUCUGAUGGAAUACUUGUUAAACCUCCUGAAGCUAAUCUGUCGGUUCAAAAUAUUUGUUUGUGUUUCAUGCUGCAGCUUAAUGGGAAAAGUGAGGAUGAGAAGCAUGUGCCUACUGGACACAACAGGUGGCUGAAAACUUUCACAUUUUGCUCCUAGUUAGUACAGGUGUCACAUACAACCUGAUAAGCAGUAUUAAUCAUUUUAAUGAGUUUGCAGGUAAUCAGUUAUCAGCAUUUAUUUGUGGAAACUGAGGCAUUCUGUCCUUGAUCAAAGGCACAUGGCAAAUUCUUCUUAUCUAAUAAGUCUGGCAGGUCAGAAUGACAAGUUCUUUGUUAGUAAGGAAAAAUGGAAGAGUGUAUAGCAUGCUGAGGUUAUGUGGUUGCGAAAAUGUUCAAUGACAUCAGUAUUGGCAUAUUCUGAAUCUUAGACAUGUGCACAGUUUACACAUUUUAAGGCAAGUAUAAGGGAACAGUUAUUUGCUUGGAAAUAAGUACAUUUCUUAUGGAGGAUAUAAAUUUAUCAAACAAUUAACAGAAGUUUCCUGGCUUAGAAAAGGAAAAUUAAGAACCCCAAGUUCCUGUUUCUUAAUAAAUGUCUGAAACAAAUAUUGCCUUUGAAAAAUAAAUUUUAUUAAAAAA